AUGAUAUGGCUGUGGCUGCUGCUAGUAUCUUGGCUCCAUCCUCAGGCCAUCGUGAGGAUGCUGAAAACCAUGUGCCCCAUGGUCAGGCGUUACAAGCAGCAAAUCGAUUAUUACAGGCCUGGAGACCUCAUUGUUGGUGGGAAUUUACCACUGGGCCGUUAUUCUUACACAGAAACAGAAGACUUUAGGAGUUUAGCCCCGUUGCAGUUCUCCUUUAUUAAAGCGACAAUAGUCAGGGAUUACCAACAAAUCCUCGCUUUUGCAUUUGCCAUCACUGAAAUCAACACGGAUCCGACUCUCCUUCCCAACACAACACUCGGCUUUCGUAUCUAUGCACACAAGCACCUUGCCAGAUGGAUGCAUGGGAACAGCCUCUCUCUGCUUUCCACUCGGAGCAAGCAGAUGCUUCCCAAUUAUAAAUGCGACAGGCAGGAUCAACUGCUCUCCGUUAUUGGGGGUCUCGACCCCAAAUCCUCAAGAGAGAUUGCAUCCUUAAUCAGCAUCUUCAAGAUCCCACAGCUCGGUUUUGGCUUGCUUGACACGGCAUUUCCCAGUUUCUACCGGAUUGAUCCCAAUGAAUUUCCUGAGUAUGUGGGCUUAAUCCGGCUGCUCCUGCAUUUCCGCUGGAAUUGGAUUGCGCUGCUUGCUCACAAUGAUGACCGUGGUGAAAAUUUCAUCCACACACUGACACCAAUGCUCAAGCAGAAGGACAUCUGUGUGGCCUUCACCGAACUGUUCAACCCAGCAGGCUGGGCAAAAACUGGAUCUAUUCCAAGUUCUUGGUUUGAGCCCGAAGUGAUUGUUGUCUUUGCAGACCAUGGUGCUAUAGGACAAUUAACAUUGCUGUUGAGCGAUCAUGAACAAAAGACCAAGACCCCAUUUAGGAAGGUUUGGAUCAUGACAUCUCUUUCAGAAAUCGAUGCAACAAAAUUCUCCCUUGCUGUGCAAUAUCAAAAACUCCUCCAUGGUGCUUUGCAGUUCAGAGUCCACAGAAGGGAUGUGCCAGAAUUCAAGCAUUUUAUUCUGGCUUUAGAUCCGCUCCAACCGCAAGGAGACAUCUUUCUCCCUAACUGGUGGGAAAUGGCAUUUCACUGUAUGUUUCUGAAAUCAAGCCAGACCUCUCAAAGAGGAGGGAGAAAAUGUACUGGGAAAGAGAAAGUACAGGACUUGCCAGACUUCUGGUUCAAAAUGACCAUGUACAGCCCCAGCUACAGCAUCUACAAUGGUGUGAAUUCUGUGGCACAAGCGUUACAUGCUGUGUCUCGAUCCAAACAUCGGAUGACCAGGAGAGACAAUAGGCUUCUGAACAUCCACCCAUGGCAGAUCCUUGCACCUUUGAAGGGUGUCUGGUUUAAUAACAGCGCUGGAGAUGAGGUCUCUUUUGCUGAAAAUGGCAGGAGAUAUGAUAUUCUGAACUGGAUCUUCAUCCCGAAUGGAUCCGUUGGGUCCGUGAAAGUUGGACACGUGGAUCUGGGAAGUUCCUCAGGCCAAGAUUUCUCCAUUCACCCUGAUGCGAUCAUGUGGGCUACAGAGAUGUUGCCUAUUGCGAGGUGUGUGGAAAGGUGCUCUCCAGGGCACCAGAGAAAAGUUCCAGACAGGAAGCCGGUUUGCUGCUACACAUGUGAUCGUUGUCCGGAAGGGACGAUUUCCAACAGGACAGAUGCAGAUCAUUGUACUCCAUGCCUGGAAGAUCAACAACCAAACAAGAACCAAGACCAAUGCAUCUCCAAGAAGCUCCACUACCUUUCCUAUCAGGAGACACUGGGCUACAUUUUAGCUUCUCUAGCACUUUUCUUGUCUCUGAUCACAUCUCUUGUGCUGACAAUCUUCAUCAAGCACCAUGACACGCCAAUUGUCAAAGCCAACAACCGAGACCUCACCUACCUCCUCCUCUGCUCCCUCCUGCUCUGUUUCCUCUGCUCCUUCCUGUUCAUUGGUCAACCCACGAAGGUCACCUGUCUUCUACGACAAACUGCUUUUGGCUUCAUCUUUUCCAUUGCCAUUUCUUCCAUUUUAGCAAAAACUUUCAUGGUGGUUCUGGCCUUCAUGGCCACCAAGCCUGGAAACUUGGCAAGAAAACUCUUGGGGAGACAACUGACAAAUUCCAUUGUCCUGGCAUGUCCCCUCAUUCAAGCUGUGAUCUGUGUUGCCUGGCUUGUGGACUUUCCUCCAUUCCCAAAUUUGGACUUCCAUUCCCUGGCUGGAGAGAUCAUAAUGGGAUGCAAUGAAGGCUCAGUCACCAUGUUUUACACUGUCUUGGCUUACAUGGGUUUCCUGGCUCUUGUCACCCUCACAGUGGCUUUCCAUGCUAGGAAAUUGCCGGACAGCUUUAACGAAGCCAAGUUUAUCACCUUCAGCAUGCUGGUGUUUUGCAGUGUUUGGAUUUCCUUUGUGCCAACCUACCUGAGCACAAAGGGGAAGUCCAUGGUGGCUGUGGAGGUCUUCUCCAUCUUAGCCUCUGGUUCUGGUCUCCUGGGUUGCAUCUUUUUUGCCAAAUGCUACAUGAUUGUGCUCAAGCCCAAUCUCAACAGCAAAGAUCAUCUCAUGAAGAAAAACAAUCACAGAAUUUAA